AUGUCUGGCGAAGCUUGGCUCUACUUGUUGGCGGUACUGAUAAAUGCCGUCAACCUCUUUUUACAAGUUUUCUUUACGAUCAUGUACAGCGAUUUGGAAUGUGAUUACAUUAACCCCAUCGACCUUUGCAACCGGCUCAACGCAUAUAUCGUCCCAGAAGCCGCUGUUCAUGCAUUCCUGACGAUCCUCUUCGUUGUUAAUGGAUACUGGCUGGCUAUAAUUCUGAACCUCCCGCUACUGGCGUUCAAUGCGAAGAAGAUAUUCGAUAACCAGCAUCUUUUGGAUGCUACUGAGAUCUUCCGGAAGCUCAAUGAAUCUUUUAUCAAACUUGGGUUCCACCUGAUCAUGUUCUUCUUCUAUCUCUACAGUAUGAUUGUCGCCCUGAUCCAAGACGAAUCACAUUGA